AUGAGCAAAUUACUCUACUCAAAAUCUAAAGUGAAUAUAAAUACCGCAAAAUGUAAAAUACCGGGGAAUUUAGCUUUGGUUGAAGAUCCCAAUGACUCUAUAACGAUUAGCUGGUUACCAGAGACAAUCCUUAAGGAACUGGAUGAAGAGGACAAAUUUGUCUUAGUUGAAUCAACCAAUAAGAUUGAAGUUAUUGUUAAUCCUCCACCGCACAUAAACGAUUCAUACGCCUUCAAUUAUCCAAUUUCUGACAUAUACUCAAUAAUGCUUAAUCCUCCUUCUAUUUCUAAUUGGUAUGGUACUGUUACUAUUAAUCUUCAAGGCGGUGUUACUCUCCCUGUGUUGCACUUCCAUGAUGACGAAAUUACGUCAUCAUCGAUACCUAGAACACGAGGCACUUGGGGUGGAAAUGAGUUUAUAAGCUGUCUUCGUCUUUAUAUAUCUCUUUUGCAAUCUCAAAUCACCAACAACCUUUUCCUCGUUGAUCCUAAUCCGAUCGAUAAAACUUUUCAUCAACAGCCACAGCCACAGUCACAACCACCGACGCAACAAUCACUCCUUCACUAUGCUCUAAACCCACAAUCAACUCACUCUCAACGCAUUUCUACACGCUUCAACUCCCACCAACGCGACAACUCAACUACUACUAUGAAAGGUUUCUUUCCAGAUAAUGUCGCUGAUGCAACUCCCGCUGUGAAUAACUUCACUUCAGUAUAUCAAAAUACCCUUACAAGCUUCGCAAACAUUUCCCGCUUUUCAAAACAAACUGCUCAUAAUAUUCUGUCUCACCCACUCGCUCAACCAAUCCUUCCACACCUCCCGACUCCCGUGCAGAGCAGAGCAGUUGCUGGACGCAGUCACGCAGGUGAAUACGACAGCGCUCGCAUCUACCUAGCCAAAUGGGCGCGCAAAGUGGCUGAAGAGGGUGACAGGAAUAGUGGCCAGGGGGGUGAGAGGAGAGAGGGAGUAGGAGUAAUGAGACCAUCAAGUAACUCAGUGGACGAAAAUAUACAAACAGUUGACGGCAGUGUAGAGAGUGAUUUAGGUAAUUUCCAGCUACUCAACGUUUCCUCAGAAAGGUGUACACGAGAUCCAACUCAUCCAAUCACUCUCCCAGAGUGUACAGCCUGGUUCGAUCAUACUGGCAAGCCCCUCAUUAGUGAGUCGGAGAUGCGCGAGCGUGUUUUUAGAAGGGGCACUGAAAGUACCGCUAAGAGUCUUAUCUGGCCAUUCAUUCUCUCCGUUAUACCGUGGGAUACAACGCAUCAAGACAGGCAAUCUGCUUGGGAUGACUUGGAUACCCAGUAUGUACAGCUGAAGAGCACGUGGAAGAAUCUCGAUGUAUUCCACGAUAAACAAGUUACCGAAGAGCGUCAUCGCAUUCGCGUCGAUUGCCUGCGCACUGAUCGAAAUGUCCCUCUCUUUGCCAAGAGCGACAGUGAGCUCAACGAGCUCAAACUGGGUAUUGCGGAGUUGGGUGAGAAUGGGAGUACGAGUGGGAGUGGUGAUAGCAGUGAGGACAAACACAGCGACAGCAAAGAAGGCUCAUCACAGGCUUAUAGCAAUGUCCACGUUCGCAAGCUGCAGGGUAUCCUUCUCACAUACAAUUUCUACGAAAAAGGAUUGGGAUAUGUCCAGGGCAUGUCUGAUCUUAUCGCUCCUCUUUACGUUAUCAGCGAGGCUAAUGAAUCAACUACGUUCUGGCUUUUUGUCAACUUGAUGAACCGCACCAAGGAGAAUUUCGCAGCUGAUCAGAAAGGCAUGUCGAGGAAAUUAAUAACGCUGCAAGAUUUGAUUAGAGUGAUGGAUCCACAACUCUACCAACACUUUAAACAGAGUGACAACCUCAAUAUGUUCUUCUGCUUUAGGUGGAUAUUGGUGAUGUUCAAGAGGGAGUUUUUGUUUAGUGAUAUUAUCACAUUGUGGGAGGCACUCUUCACUCGCCCUGUUCAACAACAAUUUGAACUAUUCGUCGCACUUGCUGUGCUUGAGUCACAUCGCGAUAUCAUUCUGAGAUAUUUAAUGGAGUUUGAUGAAAUGCUCAAAUAUUGCAAUGACCUUAGUGGUACGAUUGAUGUGCAUAAAACACUCAAUACCGCUCAAACAUCCUCUUCAAUACCCAGCCUGAUUGAUAAUGGCCCUGACUACGCCGAUGACAAUGAGGACUACGACGACAACGAAGAUCACGGCGAUCAUCUCGGCGAGGAUUCCGAGGUUGCUCACGAUUCGGAGGCUAUCCAGGGAUCUCCUGCUGCAAACGACAUUCACGUCAUUCCCAGUCCAGAUGACAUACCAGCUGCACAACCACACUCAUCAAGAAGUACAAGUCUGUUAAACCAAGAUAUUGAUAAAACAGCAGCACGUGCAGCAUCCAAUCCCCAUGCACUAGUUAUUGCCUCUCUUCGUGCGCAGAUCGAUGAGCUUACCAGCCAGCUCAACAGUCUCAACGCGAAGCUAGUCCAUACUUUCGACAAAUCAGACAAUCUCCAGCAAGAGCUUGAUGAGGCGCGGACGCUGCACCACCACCAUCAACUCCGCAUUACCGCGCUCGAGAAGGAGACAGCGGCUGUGAAGACGAGUCUCGACAACGGCACGCUCGUUGAGCGCGAGAAUGUAAUGCACGAGCUCACACAUAUGGUUGACUCUAUCGUCACCGAAACCCAAAAAGCUACGCUAGCGCGACAAGACAAGGCAGCUAUCGAGCAGGACCUCGAUGAUCUCAGCGCUAAUCUCUUCGCAGAGGCUAACCGCAUGGUUGGCGUCGAACGACUGCUCAAAGCCCAGGAAGCGGAUCGACGCCGUGUAGCUGAAGAGAGGCUCGUUGAGGCUGAGGAAGCUGUCCGAGUCACCCAGCGCCAGAUGAGCGAGUGGGUAGAGAGGGGUGAAAGUAGCAACGGCGCCCUCCAACCACCUGCAGCUUCCGAUUCCAAUCUCAAACCAACUCUUACUCCCGUUCCUACUCUCACGCACACCCAUAUCCCCUACCUGGAAUUCAUCAGCUACCUGCAUACGCUGGCAAGCGCAGCCAGUGUGCGGCAGAGAGCGAGUGAGUCUCAAACUCCUUCCCAACUCCUCCCGCUCGACCUCUCACACGCCUUCCUGCGCCGACUGCUUGAAGAAGACGUUGAGCCAACGCUGCGCCUCGACCUCUCACGCGCUUUUGGCCUCCUCACACGCGGUAAGGUGCUCACAGCGGUGACAGAGGGCACGCUCGAACUAGAGCCUGCUCGCGGCGCCGAGUUUGCACCCGGAACCGAGUGUGCAUUGUCAGGUCGUGUGCUCAUACCCGUGCGCGACGGCGAAGGUGGUCACAAAGGGAGCGCGUCCCAGUCCUCUUUCUUCAGCUGGAGUGGGAGCGGCAGGGGGAGCAGCCGACCUGCCUCAACGGGUGCAGGUGGAAAUGCAGAUGCAGGUACAGGCGAGAGCGCAAUACACGUAUUCAGACUCUCCGCUAGCCCCACAGCUACCCGCUAUCCCGUCGAUGCAGGCUGGGCGGUACCGCGGCUGCGUGCUGCGUGCGAGUUGUGGCGGUACGUGCGCGCUCUGCAGGCAUCUGUCGUUACUAUGCAACCCCCAUUCUGCCCACCAGCGGGAUGUCAGACUAGGGAGGCGUUUGAUGCAUCUAUAGGCAGGAUGGGAUUGAAGAGCGGUCGAAAAGGUGGAGAUGGACUCAGUGGAGAUACUAAUCCUUCUCCUACUAUUCCACCCCCAGCAACAGGUAGAUCGUUCUGGGGUGCUUUCCAGUAUGCUAGAUCUACCCCAUCGGUGUCGGCUCCAUCUUCCGCUUCCCCGUCCCCUCUGCACGCUGACAAGACUGAAUUGCCUGAUGAGACAAAGAAGGGGGUUAGGGAAACACACGAUAUUGCGGGUCGUGUCGAUGACCAUAUUGACGAGAGCAGUCGCAGCGAUCAUACACACACACAAGACGACACCCACCAUCCUCACCUUGUCUUGUCUAACCCUCAGCAGCCACCACCGAAACCCAAGCGCGGAAGGAGAAGCAGGGGACGGAAGGGCACGGUGACAGGUGCACCUCCAUCGAUACCUUCUCAGCGCGACAAGGAGGACGAGGAGGGGAGUGAAAAUAAGAAUCAAGAGAAUAUUGCCAGGCAAAACUCUGACGACAAAUCGGAUAAAAGUGUUGACUCGAACACCACGCUCACCCAGAACACACUAGAUUUGCAACUCAGCGAUACAGCAGAAAAGGAAAUAGAAACAGAAACAGAAACAUGGGAGAUGGCUAGAUGGAGACAGAUAGUGGAACUAAAGCAAAACAUGUUCUGGGCGCGGGUUAAUGGUGAUCCAAAUGCUUCGAUGUAG